UUCUUCUUUCCAUCGUUCUCCUCUGUGCUCUCUUUGUUCUCCUUCCCACCGCCACUGUUUUCAGCCAUUUUUCCUUUGGUUGUCACUGUUUCUCUUCUCCCUUCCCCUCAUCCCCUUCUUGGGCAUGAUUGGGUUCAUGAGGAACCCAGAGACGAUCUGGGUUCGUCAUGAACUCAGAAUGCCUCUUUCAUCCUCUUUCAUUCAGUACUCCACAAUUAAAAGCAACAUAAAAUUUCAGAAGAAAUGCCACUGUUUCCUCCAUAAAUCUACUUUACCUGAUUCUAUCCUCUGCAAAAAGCAUGUGUGAAUCACCAUGAAUGAGAGAGUUAGCAUACAUCUUCCUGCAAAAACAAGGAAUUAAUAAUGAACAUUGUGGGUUUGC